AUGGUCAUAAUGAACGACCUGCAAGUCCACCCAUCGCGGAAAAUAUUGCUGGUAGUCACCACUGGGGGCUUUACUCAUGCAGCACCUGUGUUGGAGAUUGGAAGAGUCCUCGCUGAACGUGGUCACACCAUUGAAUUCGCAACUCUGGAAGGCCAAGAGCACUGGAUUAAGGCAACCGAGUACAGAUUCAUUGAGAAAAUUCAUCCACUAGGCCCCGGACCAUCUCAUGAGCAGUAUGAUGAUCACUAUCGUCGCAUGCAAUCAUGGGAUAUCUCCAAGGGCAUUAGUGCAGCCAUGGAAUCCAAAUAUCUCUUCGAUUCCUUCUGGCCUCAGACCUAUCACCGCUUGAAAGAUAUAAUGAAUAAUCCAGUCACUCGCCCUGCGUUUAUCAUCGCUGACUUCUUUGUCGAGGCUGCCCACGACAUCCAUGUGGAGUAUAACCUGCCUAUUGCCAUUGUAUCUCCCACGAUGCCUGCCUUGCAGAUGCCAUGCUCUUAUAUCCCGGGCCAACCUGGCUUCCAACUUCCGGGAGUAUUGACCUCAGAGGACACCCCUAUGUGGCUGCGUAUGAAGAGUGAGCUUUUCUUAUUGCCGGAUAUACUCUCUAUUAUUCGAUUUGGGAUUCGAACGAAGAAGAUGCGCCAGGAUAACGGCGUCUUUCGACCGCUUCAUAAGCCUAAAAAGCCAGAUUAUCUGGUCUUUAUCAACUCAUUCAUUGGCUUAGAGAUUCCUCGAGAUCUACCCCCCACUUGCGCCCCUGUGGGUCCCAUACUUAGUCCCAUCUAUUCUCCAUUAGACGAGCAAUGUGGUUUCUUCCUAGAGCGCCAUAGGUCCGUUCUCUAUAUUGCCCUUGGCACACAUAUCAUAUUGCCCCAUGUGGACGCUAUAAAGAUAAUACACGGCGUUUCUCGAUUGAUGAACGAAGGGCUGCUUGACGGUAUAAUUUGGGCAAUGGGCAAGACUUGCCGAAUAGACAUUGAUCGCAGCGCAUCAUUAGACAUUGAAUUUGGCGACUCGAUAAAAUGCGUAUCUUUAGGAGACCUACUCGACAACAAGCAUCCCGACUGGAUCUUCCCAUUUUUCGCUCCUCAACGUGCAAUACUUAAUCACGAUUCCACCAAGUUAUACUUCACCCACGGAGGAGGAUCCAGCGCAAAUGAAGCCCUCUACCACGGGAAGCCCAUGCUCUCAAUGGGUAUCUUCUCCGAUCAGAUCGCAAACACUACACGCCUCGUUGCUGGGGGCGUUGCCGAGUCAUUGAGUAAGUUAGGUUUUACAGCUGAUGAGCUGUACGCCAAGGCAAAGAAGAUCCUGAGCCCAGAAGGGCCUAAUCCAGGAGAUGAUUCAUAUACACGGAAUGUAUUGCGCUUAAAGCGCAUUGCUCACGUCGCUUCUCGCCGCAAGUAUUAUGCUGCAGAUUUGAUCGAGGAGCUCAUGUAUGAUAAUGAACUACGAUUCAAGGACAGGAAGGAGCUGCGACCUAUGCAUCUGCAGACUGCUGAUAUGCGAAUGCCCUGGUACAAGGCUAGCAACAUGGACAUGUAUGCUAUCGGUGGACUUGCUUUCUCGAUGGUAGCUGGAUUUUCAUGGUUAACAGGCUAUUAUGGGUGGAAGUAUUGGAGUCUAGGCCGGGCUACAGAUCUAUAG